CAGACAUAUCACACGAUACAACAGGCAUAUCUCUCUAGAUAUGCAUUUCGCCGUGUGCGCCUUGUGCUCGAGUAGAAGAAAGAGGGGAUCAUAUUGUUUCCGGGAUCCCUCCGAGACUAGCCCCAACUCCCCCCAUCUGGCCCUUCCGCAUUCAACAAGUAAAUGGAAUUGUCAAUUGUGGCCUACUGGAGUUAUUUCCCAAAGCCGCACAGCGCACAUCACGGAUCUGAGGUCGCACCAACAAAAAUCAUUCCGAUGUGUAGUCUAGCCGCUUGAAUCCAGAAGGAAUUGGUCGCCAACAGAUUCAUUCCUACCAUCGCCGACUUACGGCCACCUAGCUCCGCGGUAACCGAUUGAUGAAAGAGUUCAUCUGCGGUCCGGUUAAGUGUGCUUGUUCUGUUGAUAUUUCUAUACAGCAUUGAAAUGGCUCCUGGUACAAGUAGUCAGGUGGAUUUGGUUGAUAUGGAUAAGAUGGUCAGUUCCAUGACUAUAGAGAUAAAUGCAUUCUGGUCUGCAUACGAAUCUGACAAUGGAAAUAAGCCAUUCUUACUUCAAAGAGUCCCCCAACAUAUUUUCCAGCUUGACAGACAAUCAUAUGAGCCUAUCAUUCUGUCAAUUGGCCCACAUCACCAUGGGGGCCUAGAUCUGGUAGCCAUGGAGAAAGAAAAAUGGAAGUGUUUAGAUUACAUCCUGAAACUAAAUCGUGAAGUCAAUUUGCAGGACUACAUAAGAGCAAUUCAUAAAUUGGAGAAAAAAGUAAGGAACUGUUACACUGAAGUGAUAAAAAUGGACAAAACGAAGUUCCUUAGGAUGCUCUUGCUUGAUUCGUGUUUCAUCUUAGUAAAGGUUGAUGGAACUGUCACAGCAGAACUAGCAUUGAAGAGUGAAAAUACAGGGGUUGUGAUUCAGAAUACUGCUGAUAUGGAUGGAGAAGAAUUUGUGAAGUCUGGUCAGGUCACUGAAAGCGUGAGUGCCACACAUGGGCAUGCCAGUGAGAAUGUUGUGCUGGAAAUUGAGUUAGCCGAAACUAGUAGCAGAGAGAUGGAAACUGAAGAUAAUAAAAGGAAACGUGACCAGAAUAGCGAAUGCUUGUAUGAUCAAAGUGCAGUUGGAGACUGGUACUCCAAUUUUGUUUGGCAUGACAUAUUCUUGCUUGAAAAUCAAAUACCUUUCUUUGUAUUUGAGACAGUUUAUGAUAUAGUCAUUAGCAAAGGCAUCACAAAGGUGUUGCUUAGAGACAAAAUAGUUGAAUGUGUAGAAGACAUACUUAGACAAUUUCCAAUAGGCAUUGAAGAAUUCAGUCGCCCCCAAAAUUUCCAUCAUUUGCUGCACCUAUGUCAUAUGUACUUCCGACCUACUCACAAGUUAAUUAUUGAUAGACAUCAACAUCAGCCAAAGGUCCUGUAUCUUCACCAUCUUGUUCAUUUGGGGAAGAAGUAUUUUGGUGUUAUACCUGGGCAAGAGGAAAGUGAGCAACACCUAUUGCAUCGUCCCCUUGAUGAUUGUUUCCAAGCAGGACAAUUGCCAACUCGAUGGCGUCAAGCAAUACAAUACCAUGAAGCAGGAGUUGAACUGAAGAAAAGAGAAUACAGUAGCUGUCAUAGGCAUUCCCUCCUGGACAUAAAAUUCAGUGAUGGUGUAGUGGAAGUUCCCUGCUUUCCGAUCGAUGAAAAUACUGAGUCUCUUUUCAAAAACCUCAUUGCAUUUGAGCAAACAAAUCCCCAGUUUGGAAAUGAUAUCACUGCUUAUAUUAUUUUUAUGUCUCAGUUUGUAAGUACUGUUGAAGAUGCCACAUUACUUACUCAGAGAGGAAUUCUUAUUCAUUUCUUUUGA